AUGACGACCAGAUUCAAGAAGAACAGGAAGAAGAGAGGUCACGUGAGUGCCGGUCACGGUCGUAUCGGAAAGCACCGAAAGCAUCCCGGAGGUCGCGGUAACGCUGGAGGCAUGCACCACCACCGAAUCCUCUUCGACAAGUACCAUCCAGGUUAUUUUGGUAAGGUCGGUAUGCGUUACUUUCACAAGCUACGUAACAAAUUCUAUUCCCCGAUUGUGAACAUAGACAGGCUCGCUUCUCUGAUACCUCAAGAGGUUAAGGACAAAGCUCUUAAGGAAAAGAAGGCGCCUGUUAUUGAUGUUACUCAGCAUGGGUACUUUAAGCUUUUGGGGAAAGGGGUUUUGCCUCAGAAUCAGCCUUUUGUGGUGAAGACUAAGCUUAUUUCGAAGAUUGCUGAGAAGAAGAUUAAGGAGGCUGGUGGAGCUGUUAUUCUUACUGCUUAG